AUGGCAGCCCUUUUAGUAAAACUCCACGAAGCUGUGAAUGAUUACAAGAAUUCUAGUGAAGACAAAGCUUUAGCAACAGAAAUUGCGGGCGAGCUUUUAGUGUUGGGUAGAGCAGUUAUCAAGAAACACAUGUUCAACAGUGAAAGGGCUUUCAAAUUUCAUUUAGCUCAGCCCGCAAGAAUGUUGGCAAGGAUUGUUGCUUUUUGGCACAUCAGAAUGCUGAGAAAAAUGAAGCAAAAAACGCGUGCUUCCCGGCCAUGGACUGUCAAUUUCUCAUGGAAUAUACCAUUGGAGGUGUGUGAUUGUUUCAAGGUUGUCGCUUUAGCUCCUGUUGCUGUGGUGUGGUUGUCAGGAACACACGUGCUGUCCAUGAGAUACACAUCAUGGAUAUGGGAAAGAUGA